UGAUUGGCCCAGAUGUGGUCCAGCAGGCCGUGGAUAAGGUGAAACUUAUUCGGGAGAGAUUAUUAGCAGCCCAGAGUCGACAGAAAUCAUAUGCAGAUAAUCGCCGACGACCUUUGGAGUUUCAGAUUGGCGAUUGGGUUUUCCUGAAGGUGUCACCUAUGAAAGGUGUUAUGAGAUUCGGCAAGAAAGGAAAGCUCAGUCCAAGAUAUAUUGGACCUUACCAGAUUGUUCGUACAAUAGGCAAGGUUGCCUAUGAGUUAGAUCUGCCAGCCGAUUUGGGAGCGGUACACCCGGUAUUUCAUGUUUCUAUGCUUCGUAAGUGUAUUGGUGACCCCUCCAGGGUCUUUCCUGUAGAUGAUAUUCAGGUCACAGAGGAGCUAUCUUAUGAGGAGCAGCCUAUAGCCAUAUUGGAUCGUCAGGUAAAAAGGUUGCGGAACAAAGAUAUGAUUUCUGUUAAAGUGCUGUGGCGGAACAAUAACCGAGAGGAAAUGACCUGGGAAGCUGAGGAGCAUAUGAAGAAGAAGUAUCCUCAUUUAUUUUCAGAGCCUGCAGAUCGUGGGCAGCCCGAAUCAUAGUUUGGAUUAGCUUGAGUUUGGAUCAUUUUGGAGAGCGUUUGAGGUAUGUAAAGCAACCUUCC